GUAGUGAAAAUAGUGCAAAAGCAAAAACGGCCACACAAUGGAAGCAAGGCCGGUACAGGUGGUGGAGACAAGCGAGGAUCACAGCUUCGUCCUGAACGAGGAAGCGCUGUCGGAGAUUCUACUGCAGGAUAGCAUUAAAGAUCGCGCUAUUGUGGUGGUAUCGGUGGCUGGAGCCUUCCGAAAGGGCAAAAGUUUCCUGCUAGACUUUUUCCUUCGCUACAUGUACGCUAAGUAUGUACAUCAUCAGAGCGUCCUCGAGUGGUUGGGCGAUGAAAGUGAACCACUGUCCGGAUUUUCGUGGCGUGGCGGUAGCGAGCGUGACACAACGGGCAUCCUAAUGUGGUCCGAUAUAUUUCUGCACAAUAGAGCCAAUGGCGAGAAGCUGGCAAUUAUACUGAUGGACACACAAGGCGCCUUCGACAGCCAGAGUACCGUGCGGGACUGUGCAACGGUUUUCGCUCUCAGCACCAUGCUGUCCUCCGUGCAGAUUUACAACCUGUCACAGAAUAUUCAAGAGGAUGAUCUGCAACACCUACAGCUCUUCACAGAAUACGGACGCCUAGCGUUGGCUGACUCGGGCAAGAAGCCGUUCCAGCGGCUCCAGUUUCUCGUGCGCGACUGGAGCUUCCCGUACGAGGCCGAGUACGGUGCGUUGGGUGGUCAGCUGAUCCUUCAGCGACGGCUAGAAGUGUCGGACAAGCAGCAUCCGGAGCUGCAAUCGCUAAGACGACACAUCACAUCAUGCUUUACGGAAAUUGCCUGCUUUCUAAUGCCCCACCCCGGUCUAACCGUGGCCACCAAUCCCAGCUUCGACGGGCGCCUGUCCGAUAUAACGCCCGAGUUCAAACAAAGCCUUCGCGAGCUGGUCCCAAUGCUGCUGGCACCAGAAAAUCUAAUCGUUAAAGAGAUUAACGGCCAGCGUGUGAAGGCCCGCGAUCUGGUGCAGUACUUUAAGUCCUACAUGGCAAUCUACAAGGGUAAUGAGCUGCCCGAACCGAAAAGCAUGUUGGUGGCAACGGCAGAAGCGAACAAUUUGACGGCGGUGGCCGCCGCGAAGGAAAUCUACACACAGCUCAUGGAGGAUGUUUGCGGUGGUACCAAGCCCUACCUCAGCACGGCACAUCUCGAUUCGGAACACAGCCGCAUCAAGGAGAAGGCACUGCACCAGUUCUCGUCCAAGCGGAAAAUGGGCGGCGAAGAGUUUUCGGAAAAGUAUCGCGAAAAGCUCGAACAAGAUCUGGACGAAUCGUUCGUCACGUUCCGGGCGCAUAACGAGAGCAAGAAUAUCUUUAAAGCUGCCCGCACGCCUGCCGUUUACUUCGUUAUCGCGAUGGUCAUGUACAUCAUGAGCGGCAUCUUCGGGCUGGUCGGGCUGUACACGUUUGCCAACUUUGCCAACCUCAUCAUGGGCAUUGCGCUGAUCACACUAGGGACCUGGGCCUACAUCAGGUAUAGCGGCGAGCUGAGCGACUUUGGCGUCCGGUUAGACGAGAUCGCGAACUUGCUGUGGGAAAAUGCGAUGAAACCGAUCUACCAGUCGUGCAUGGAGAAGGGCAUCCAGCACGUGGCGACGCACGCGACCGAGUACGCGAUCAGUGGCAAUGUCGGUGGUGGCGGCGGUCGCCAACUGAACGGCAAGGUGAAACACUCUUGAGAGUACGCUUCUCCGAUCGCUUUCACCACCACCACGACCGAGC